AAAGCACACUAGGAGGAAAAAAAUAUAUAUCAGGAUAUUGAUUCCCGUUUGACAUAAGCCGGCAAUCCGGCAACGUUUUUGUUGUUGACAUUUGACAUCACCCUUCAAAAGUGAACCAUGGCGCCCGUAGCAGCAAAGAAGGAGAAAAAGGAUGUUAAGGAUAAAUCCAAAAAUGUUAUGAGAGACUUGCAUAUUCGCAAAUUAUGCUUGAAUAUCUGUGUGGGAGAAAGUGGUGACAGACUCACAAGAGCUGCUAAGGUAUUAGAGCAACUUACAGGUCAACAACCUGUUUUCUCUAAAGCAAGAUACACUGUAAGAUCUUUUGGUAUUCGUCGUAAUGAAAAAAUUGCUGUCCAUUGUACGGUUAGAGGUGCCAAGGCAGAAGAAAUUUUAGAAAGAGGUUUAAAAGUUAGAGAAUAUGAAUUGAGAAGGGACAAUUUCUCAGCAUCUGGUAACUUUGGAUUUGGUAUCCAAGAACACAUUGACUUGGGUAUCAAAUAUGACCCAAGCAUUGGUAUCUAUGGUUUAGAUUUCUACGUUGUAUUGGGCAGACCCGGAUUCAAUGUAGCUCACAGACGUAGGAAACAAGGAAAAGUUGGUUUCCCACAUCGUUUGACUAAAGAGGAUGCCAUGAAAUGGUUCCAACAGAAAUAUGACGGUAUAAUUUUAGCAAGCAAGAAAUAACUUGUUUUCUGAUAUAAGUUUUAAUAAAUAAUAUUAAGAAA